GCCACGCUCCGACUCACUGAGGCGGGGACGACGUGGGCUCUUCGGCGCAUGUGGGAGCAGCGUUGCGGCGGAACUCGGUGGUGUCCGAUGGAGGACGACAUGAUGGAAGCGUGGCUGGACGACCACCACCACUUCGCGCGCUCCUAUUUUGUCAGGAAGGCGUCCAGGGAGAUGGUGAACGCAUGGUUUGCAGAACGCGUCCACACUAUCAAGCCCUCUGCCUCCAAAGACAACCCCCCCAUCUCGGACAACCCGGCGAUGGCGGCAGCCAGCCAGCUCCCCGCCACCCCGCCUCGCAAAAUCUCCGCCUCGGAGUUCGACCGCCCGCUGCCGCCCAUCGUGGUUAAAGACUCGGAGGGCUCGGUGACGUUCCUGAGUGACACCGAUCGCCAGAGUCCUCCCCGACGGCACGGUGGCGGGGCGGCGGCGGAUGGUGAGGAAGGGAGCGCCGGCCGGGCAGGGUGCGACCCUUGCGCCCGACUGCUGGAGCUGGUGAAGGACGUUUCCAGCCAUCUGGACGUGACAGCACUCUGCCACAAGAUCUUCCUACACAUCAACCAGCUCAUCGCCGCUGAUCGCUACUCGCUAUUUCUGGUGGGCGAAGACAGCUCCAACACAAAGUUCUUAGUCAGCCGCCUGUUCGACGUGGCCGAGGGUUCCACGCUAGAAGAAUCUUCCAGCAACUGUAUCCGACUGGAUUGGAACAAAGGUAUAGUGGGACACGUAGCGGCCACUGGACAACCACUCAACAUCAAGAAUGCUUAUCAGGACCCUCGGUUUAACGCAGAGGUGGACAUGAUCACAGGUUACAAGACACAAAGUAUUCUUUGUCUGCCCAUAAAGAACCAUAAAGACCAGGUUGUUGGAGUGGCUCAAGCUAUCAAUAAGAAACAUGGAGAGGAUGGAGCCUUCAGCAAGCAGGAUGAAAAGGACUUCUCAGCUUACUUGGCCUUCUCGGGCAUUGUGCUACACAACGCACAACUCUACGAAACGUCACAACUCGAAAACAGACGCAAUCAGGUUCUGUUGGAGUUGGCCAGUCUUCUGUUCGAGGAGCAACAGAGUGUGGAGGUUCUCCUCAGGAAGUUUGCAGGAACCAUCUUGUCCUUCAUUAUGGCUCAAGCCUGUACUGUCUUCAUUGCUGACAAUGACUCCACCCAGAACCCUUUUUCCAGCAUCUUUCACAUGGACUACGAGGAGCUAGGUCAAGUUCUUAAUGCUCCCAAAAGAGAGUGCGUGAACCAGACCAACUACAUGUACGCUCAGUACGUGAAAAACACCAUGCAGCCCCUCAACAUCCCCGACGUGGCCAAAGACCAACGCUUCCCCCUGACGGACGAACAUCAGCCAGGCCAACCCACCAAAAGUUUGCUAUGCACUCCGAUCAAAAACGGCAAAAAGAACAAGGUCAUCGGCGUCUGCCAAAUGGUCAACAAGACGGACGAAGCGUCGGGCGGCGUCAAGACCUUCAACAGGAACGACGAACAGUUCAUGGAGGCCUUCGCCGUCUUUUGUGGUCUCGCCAUUCAGAACACACAAAUGUACGAGACGGUGGAGAGAGCCAUGGCUCAGCAGCAGGUCACCUUGGAGGUUCUUUCGUAUCACGCUUCUGCUGCUUCGGAAGAGUCCCAGAAACUCCAGGCAGCCACGAUCCCAUCGGCGCAGUCCUUGCGACUUCUGGACUUCAGUUUCAGUGACUUUGAACUGUCGGAUGCCGAAACCACUUUGGGGACGGUUCGCAUGUUCGUGGACCUCAACCUGGUCCAGACCUUCCAGAUGAAGCAGGCGAGUUUGUGCCAGUGGAUUCUGAGCGUGAAGAAGAACUACAGGAAGAACAUAGCCUACCACAACUGGAGGCACGCGUUCAACACUGCACAGUGCAUGUUUGCAGUCCUCAGAUCAGGCCGCUUGCAGAACGAUCUGAGCGAUUUAGAGGUUUUGGCGCUGAUGAUUGCCACUCUGUGCCACGACCUGGACCACAGAGGAGUGAACAACUCGUACAUCCAAAGGAGUGACCAUCCACUUGCUCAUCUUUACUGCCACUCCACCAUGGAACAUCACCACUUUGACCAGUGCCUCAUGAUCCUCAACAGCCCAGGUAACCAGAUCCUCAGUAGUCUGUCUGUGGAGGAGUACAAAAGUACUCUGAAGAUGAUCGAGAUGGCCAUUCUCUCCACUGACCUCGCCCUGUACUUCAAGAGGCGCCAGGAGUUCUUUGAGUUGACAAAAAGCAGACAGUUUGUGUGGGAGGAUGAACAUCACAGAGAUUUAUUGAGGUCCAUGCUGAUGACUGCUUGUGACAUCUCGGCCAUUACCAAGCCAUGGCCCGUACAGAAAAAGAUCGCGGAGCUUGUGGCGACCGAGUUCUUCGAACAAGGCGAUAAAGAGAGACAAGAGCUGAACAUUGAGCCCAGCGACCAAAUGAAUCGGGAAAAACGAGACAAGAUUCCCAGCAUGCAAGUUUCCUUCAUUGAUGCCAUCUGCAUUCAGUUAUAUGAGACAUUGACCGUGAUGUCGGAGUAUUGUUCUCCUUUGUUGGAGGGUUGCCAGAUGAACCGCCAGCACUGGAAGAGUUUGGCUGAAGAGUGUGAUCAAGAUGACCACAACACUGUGGUUUGAUCUUUGACAACAGUACAGGCCAAAAGUUUGGACACACCUUCUCCUCAUUCAAUGCGUUUUCUUAAUUUUCAUGAC